CUGAAAACUGAACAUUUAGGAAAUCACGUCCAUUUGAGAUCAGGCUUUCCAGUAAAAUCUCCAGUAAUUUGGGUGAAGUACGUUGUAUAAAAGCUGGUCUGCUCAGUGUCACAUCAGAUGCUGUUUUUUCAAGACCUUGACAGACCUGAAGAAGACAAGCUUACUUACCAUUUACCUGGAUGGAUUUACAUGCCAUGAGGUGGAAAUUAUUUGGUGUGCUGCUGCUCACACUUUACUACAGCAAUGCGACAGGUGUCAGUCUGAAGGAGCAUCUGGAGGACUGUCUGGAGGACAGAGACUACAAAAAGCUGCUGCACACGGUGAAGAAGGGCCUUCCACAUGUGAACACAUCUCACCGUGUCGUUAUUGUCGGUGCAGGUGUGGCUGGACUGACAGCUGCCAAGUUACUGCAAGAUGCAGGACAUAAGGUAACCAUAUUAGAGGCUAGCGGUCGUGUUGGAGGACGGGUGGAGACCUACAGGAAUGAAACAGGGGGCUGGUAUGCUGAAAUGGGAGCCAUGAGGAUCCCAAGUUAUCACCAGAUUGUCCGAUGGUUUGCCCAAGAACUUGGCGUCAAGCUGAAUAAAUUUGUCAUGGAAGACAUAAACACCUUUUACCAGGUCCAUGGGCUACGGAAGAGGACGUACGCAGUGAAGGCAAACCCUGCCAUCCUGAAGUAUAAGCUGCGGAAAAGCGAGAAGGGGAAGUCACCCGACCAGCUGCUACAGCAAGCUUUAAAGAAGGUGAAAGAUGAAGUGGAGGCACAUGGCUGCCACGCUGCACUACAGAAGUACGACCACUAUUCUGUGAAGGAGUACCUGAAACAAGAAGGUGGUUUGAGUGCUGAGGCAGUCAGGAUGAUCGGAGACUUGCUCAAUGAACAAAGCCUCAUGCACCUUGCGCUAACUGAGAUGAUCUACAUCCAGAGUGAUGUCAGCGACAGCACCACGUACGAUGAAGUGACUGGCGGGACGGAUCUCCUGACAACAGCUUUCCUCACUGUUCUUGAUGUCCCCAUCCUCCUCAACUCUAAGGUCAAGCGCAUCAGCCGGUCAGAUAAGGGUGUAACUGUAUCAUAUCAGACAGACCAACAGUCCUCUUUGACAGACCUUCAUGCCGAUUUUGUCCUGGUUACAACCACAGCCAAAGCAGCCCUCUUCAUUGACUUUGAUCCACCUCUCUCCAUCCAAAAGAUGGAGGCCCUGAGGGGAGUCCACUAUGAAAGCUCCACUAAAAUAAUCCUCACCUUUAAAAAUAAGUUCUGGGAGGAGGACGGCAUCCAUGGAGGGAAGAGCAUCACUGAUGGACCCUCUCGUUACAUCUACUACCCCAGCCACAGUUUCCCAGAAAAUGACAAGAUUGGUGUCCUCCUGGCCUCCUACACCUGGUCUGAUGACUCCCUCCUCUUCACAGGUGCGAGCGAUGAAGACUUAAAAGAGAUGGCUCUGAGAGACUUGGUGAAAAUCCACGGCAAGCGUGUCAGGGAGCUCUGCACAGGGGUGGUGGUGAAGAGGUGGAGCGUAGAUCCUUACAGCUUGGGUGCCUUCGCUCUCUUCACACCCUAUCAACAUUUAGAGUACUCCAAAGAGCUCUUCAGAAGUGAAGGCAGGGUUCACUUUGCUGGUGAACACACGGCCUUCCCUCACGCCUGGAUCGAGACGUCCAUGAAAUCUGCAAUCAGGGCGGCUAUGAAUAUUAACAAUGGUGGACUCGAGAAUUCAGUGGAGUCAGGUGGAGCUAAACACCAUCAUGAGUUAUAAGGUUCUAAUAAGUCGCUUCUGCAAUUUAAAUUUCUUUUCACAACCAGCUGUUUCACAAAAUGUAAUAGAUGUUCCAGUAAUUAACUGAUUAAAGCUAACAAAAGGAAAGAUGACAUUGAUGCUAUUAACAAACAGUAUUGUGUAUAUUUUGUGUGUUUACCUCAGGAGAUUUGAGGAUAUGAAAUUUUAGUGAAAACAACACCAUAGUGGUCCCGUUUGUUGCCAGUCUGGGGUAAUAACCAGUUAAGAAUUGUCAUGUUAAUUGGUCAGUUUCAUAAACAUAGACACAGUGUUUGAUAAUCAAGCAUUUAGUCUUGUAUUAGGGUCUGCUGAUGAACAUCACGGUGAUCUGUGGUCGUAUUCAGAGACAUUUCAGCAACAGAAUCUGAAAUUGUAAAGUGUUUUUUAUUUUUUAUUUUGUGCAUUGAUAAUAAACAGAAACUGAUAAAUUUACA